AAUAAAAAUAUUAUCAUCAUCCCCCAUCAGAGAAAACAGCCUUUAAUCUCCCAAGAAUCUACCCCUUUUCAGCACCAUUUCCCUCCCAUUUCUCCAACUUAAUGAAAACCCCAUUCUUCUUUUUCUUCUUCUUCUUCAUUCCUCUGUAACUCCAUAUCUAGAAUACUAAAAAAAAAAAACACCCUACUUUCAUCAAUGGCGGCCCCCAUUUCCUUCUUUCUCAUUUCCUUUCUCAUUUUCAUCUCUAACCCACUUGGGAUUCUUGGCAAUGAAGAGCUUCAAGCUCUUAUGGAUUUGAAGGCGGCUUUGGACCCUGAUAAUCAGUAUCUUGCUUCAUGGACUGCUAAUGGGGAUCCCUGUUCUUCUUUUGAAGGGAUUGGGUGUAAUGAGAAGGGACAAGUGACUAACAUGUCUUUGCAGGGGAAAGGGCUAAGUGGGAAGCUUUCCCCUGCCAUUGCUGGGCUUAAGCAUUUGACUGGCCUUUACUUGCAUUACAACUCCUUGUUUGGAGACAUUCCUAAAGAGAUUGCUAACUUGACUCUGCUUUCUGAUUUGUAUUUGAAUGUUAAUAAUUUUUCUGGGGAGAUUCCUUCUGAGAUUGGAAACAUGGAAAGCUUGCAAGGUUUGCUUUGCCUCACCUUCAGCUUUUGUUUCUCAUUUUUGCAGCUUUGUUAUAAUCAGCUCAGUGGAAGCAUACCUACACAACUUUCAUCUUUGAAAAAGCUCACUGUUAUUGCUCUCCAAACUAAUCAGUUAACUGGUGCAAUCCCUGCAAGCUUGGGACGUUUGGACUUGUUAGUGAGAGUAGACUUGAGCUCCAAUCAUCUCUUUGGUUCCGUUCCUUCAAGACUCGCCGAUGCGCCUUCGCUUGAAGUUCUUGAUGUUCGAAAUAAUACCCUCUCUGGCAAUGUACCUCCUGCUUUGAAGAGACUAAAUGAAGGAUUCUUGUAUGAGAACAACUUGGGAUUGUGUGGUGUUGGGUUUCCUUCCUUGAAAGAUUGUGCUGGUUCAAGUCAUGUUAAUCAAAACCAACCUGAGCCCUUUGCUGGAUCAGCUGGCUCGAUGCCUACACGAGACAUUCCCGAAACUGCAAAUGUUCAGUUGCCUUGCAACCAUACUCGCUGCCCGAGUUCGUCCAAAUCUCGAAAUGCUUCAAUAGUUGGUGUAGUUGUUGUAACUAUUGCACUUUCAGCUAUUGGGAUCUUAACGUUCACACAAUACCGUCGUCGAAAACAGAAGCUUGGAUCGUCGUUCGACAUUUGUGAUCACCGUCUCAGCACUGAUCAAGCCAAAGCAACAUACAGGAAGAAUGGAUCUCCUCUUGUCAGCCUCGAGUAUGCCAAUGGAUGGGAUCCGUUGGCUGAUGGUCAAGGCUUGAGCAUUUUCGCACAAGAGGUUUUUCAGAGUUUCAGGUUCAAUUUAGAAGAGGUGGAGACAGCUACACAAUAUUUCUCAGAGGUGAACUUGUUAGGGAAGAGCAACUUUUCUGCUACAUAUAAAGGGAUUUUGAGGGAUGGGUCAGUUGUUGCUGUUAAAAGCAUUUGUAAAACUAGCUGCAAGUCAGAGGAAGCUGAGUUUUUGAAAGGAUUGAACCUCUUAACUUCAUUAAGGCAUGAAAACUUGGUGAGACUUAGAGGAUUCUGCUGCUCAAGAGGCAGAGGAGAAUGUUUUCUGAUCUAUGAUUUUGUUCCAAAUGGGAACUUGUUGAGAUACCUUGAUGUCAAGGAUGGUGAUGGUCAGGUUCUUGAAUGGUCUACUAGAGUCUCCAUCAUAAGGGGCAUUGCCAAAGGUGUGGCAUAUCUGCACAAGAACGAAGCAAACAAGCCUGCCCUUGUACACCAAAACAUUUCAGCCGAGAAGGUCCUUAUCGACCAACGAUUCAAUCCGUUACUCUCCGAUUCUGGCUUACAGAAGCUUCUUACAAACGACAUUGUCUUCUCCGAACUCAAAGCCAGUGCCGCUCGAGGCUACCUAGCUCCCGAAUACACAACGACCGGUCGGUUCACAGAAAGAAGUGACGUUUAUGCAUUUGGUGUGCUGGUGUUCCAAAUCCUCUCAGGGACAAGAAAGAUCACCAGCUCAUUGCGUGGUGCUGCCGAAGCAUGCCGCUACACGGAGCUCCUUGACUCAAAACUCCACGGUCGUUUCUUCGAAUACGAAGCAGCCAAGCUCUGCAGAAUUGCAUUGCUUUGCACGCACGAAUCGCAGAGCGAGAGGCCGUCAAUGGAAGCUAUAGUUCAGGAGCUUGUGACUUGCAGCAGCUGUCUAUGACAGAUGGUAUGAUACAAAAGGAAACAGAAAGAAGGUUGUGGUAAUUUUGAAGGUGUGAAUGAAUGGCUGGCUGGCUAACUUUGCUCAUUGAUGUCUCUAACUCCUUUUUUAUUUUUCUUCUCAUUUAGUGAAUAGUUUUGUGUAUGAACUAUUUGAAAUGUCCUUUUCCCAAGGACUAAACUUUGGCUGUCACCACCUUGCUGCUGCUGCUGCCUCUUUUAAUUGCUAACAUUUUUUUGACUAAGACAGUGAGGAACUGUCCCCUAAUUUUUAGAAUCUUGUGAAAGUUGUUCUUAUGCUCUUGUCAAAGGAAGCAAGGGGUUUUUAGACAUUUUACUAUUUCUCUC